AUGGGUUCCAUUACUCCCACCCCUCUCCCACACUUCGAGGUCCUUAGGGAUAACAAGCCAGAAGACAACUCAUUGCCAGCCUUCAUGGUAUCAACAAACCAGAGGUUCCUUCCACGUACCGAACCUAUCAUCGCUCUUCCCUCCGAAUUCGAUGCUCUAGAAUCUAUCCUUCAACGCAUGCCUAUCAAGACUCUUGAUGGCAAGCCAGGUCUCCUAGCCACUUUCACCCUUGGAGAGACAGUUCUCAACGAGCUUCCAGAUCUUACUGAGGCUAUCAAUAAGUAUCAAGAUAAUUUACCUCUUAUGAAUGCUCUCUAUCGUGACUAUAGCUUCUUAGCUAGUGCGUACCUUUUGGAACCUUGUCAUGAGAGAUUCCUUAAAGGUGAAGAGUAUGGAUUGGGAAGACAAACUUUGCCUAGGGUUAUUAGUUUGCCUAUCAGUAGGUGUGCUGAGCUUGCUGGUUUCAAACCAUUUAUGGAGUAUGCUGGCUCUUAUGCUCUUUACAACUAUCGCCUUGAGGAUCCAGCUAAAGGCUACACAUACGAUAACUUCCGCCUCAUCCGUGCCUUUGAACAUGGUCUUGAUCACACUUCCAGUGAAGCUGGCUUUGUUCUCGUCCAUGUAGAUAUGGUGUCUAACUCUGGACCAUUGGUUGAUGGUGUUGUCAGUUCUUUGGAAGCUGUUGAGAAACAUGAUCGAGAUUCAUUCGAGGGAAGUAUGAGAAAGGUUUUGGGCGCUAUGACUAAAGUCAACGCUGUCAUGGAUGGCAUGUGGCAGAAAUCGAAACCUGGUGAUUACACCUCUUUCAGAACAUUCAUUUUCGGUAUAACCAGCCAAUCUAUGUUUCCACAUGGUGUCAUUUACGAAGGUGUCUCUGAGGAACCUUUGAGCUUCCGUGGUGAAUCUGGUGCUAAUGAUUCUAUGAUUCCACUCAUGGAUAACCUCCUAAACAUUCCUAUGCCAACCACUCCUUUGACCUCAAUCCUCAAGGACUUCCGUUCCUACCGUCCAGGAAACCACCGUCAAUUCCUCGAACACAUUCAGAACGCCUCCUUGGCUGUUGAUCUCAAAUCCUUCGCUCUGUCUUCCCCUACCUCCACUGCUCUCUAUCUCCUCUGCAUGGACCAAGUCCGUGAUUUCAGAUGGCGUCAUUGGUGUUUCACUCGUGAAUACAUUCUCAAGAAAACCGCACAUCCAGUUGCCACAGGUGGUUCUCCAAUUGUUACUUGGUUGCCAAAUCAACUCGGUGCAGUGUUGAGUGAAAUGACCAGAAUCUGGAAGGAAAUUGGUAAUGAGGGUGAGGGAAUGGGUGAGGAGAAAGAACGUGUGAAGGAUGUUAUGGAGGCAGUCAUCAGACAGAAGGAGCAGUUGGAGAAGGAAGUCGAGAAGUAUUGUAAGGAGAGGGGAGUUAACACUGCUGCAUCUUCUGCUUAGAUUGGUUCAUUCUUCGGGGAACGAUGGUUUAGAUGGUUGGCUUUGUGGCUAGGAUAGAUUCGAUUCGAGAUGCAUUGCAUAUUAGAUUGCAUAUGCGAGCCUGGACGUUGAGCUUUGAAUUUCUAUUCACUAGCGGACGAGAUUGCACAGAGGUAUGAGGAAGUUGCAAAUCUUAUGGCCACGCUUAGGGUUUAAGGAAAAUUAUUGGGAGGAUCUUUAUUUUGCUUUUCCCUAGUAGGGAAUUGUAUGGACUCCAUAGCUUGAAUCCAAAUACAACGAUGAAUUUAAUAACUCGAAUGACUGAAACAUAAGAAGCCCUUUUCAUUUACUGUAUGCUAUUUUUCAUUGGCGAUUCUUGAUUGGAAAUACUUGGCAUCUAUACUUCUUACUCGGCGGCUU